AUGUCUGUGUUUCUUCUUCCGGUUAAGACUGUUUCACACCUUGAGAGCUUAAUGUCAAAGUACUGGUGGGGGUCCUCUAAUAAUAGAACAAAAGGUGUCAGUUGGUUUAGUUGGCGUCGGCUUUGUAGAAGCAAGAAUUCAGGUGGGAUUGGCUUUCGUAAUUUGCGGGAUUACAAUCUUUCCUUGUUAGGAAAGCAGGGAUGGCGUCUUCUUCUGUAUGAAGAUUCUCUCGUGGGACGUAUUUACAAGGCCCGAUACUUUUCAAAUGGUAAUUUUCUUACGGUUGAGAUAGGUCCGAACCCAAGUUUUAUUUGGCGGAGUGUGUUUGAGUCACAACGACUGGUUCGUGAUGGUGCUAGAAGGAGAAUCGGGUCUGGUGUGUCUACCCCUGUGCUUAAUGUCCAUUGGCUGGUUUCUGAUGUGAACCCUUGUGUCAUUUCUAGACAUCCUGUGUUGGCUCAUAGCACAGUCUCGCAGUUGAUGCACAUCGAUCGUAAGCAAUGGGAUCUUGAGGUCUUACAUGAUUUGUUUGAGGCAAGGGAUAUGAGUUGA